AUGGCAAAACUGGUGCGGAUCCUUCUUGAAAGGGGCCUGAUAACCAUAGCGAUAUUUCAGAGUCGCAGGCUUAAGCCCGAAACCUGGUGUAGCUGCGGUCUACAGGUUAGCGAUCCGGAGGACCGCUGCCACUUGUUUCGUUGGCGGCAAGCUCCAGAUGGCAGGAGUUUCGAAGGAGUCCAGAUCGGCUUCGAGGCGACCAGUGAUGGAUGCAUCGAAGCUUCCGGAGCCAUUCGAUGGCGAACGACCGGCCGGAUCUGGCAUGGUCAGCUGGAUCCUACAGGAUGGUGCAUCCGCGAUGGCUUCUAUACCUGCCCCGCCGGAAAGCGACUCGGCACCUUUGCGGCCAUCCGGCAACGGGAGGUCCAGCCGGACGAGCAGUUGCCGCAGGUGUCUGCGGACAGGUCGAAGAUGGAGUUUCAAGACUGGGCUGAUGGCCUGUUCUUCUCCCUGGACCGCGAUGGCAAGGAGCAGCUCCUGGAUGCAGAUGGCUUGCAGGUCAUGAUGGAGUGGGAGAAGCCGUACAUGGAGAAAUGCGUGGACGAGUUGAAGGUCACCUCUGACACGGAUGUCCUCGAAGUGGGAUUCGGUUGCGGCUACAGCGCCAGCCGGAUCCAGGAGUUCAAGCCCCGUUCCCACACGAUCAUCGAAUGCUCGGAGGUGGUGCUGGAGCGGCUGAAGCAUUGGGCAGCCGACAAGCCGAAUGUCCACAUCGUUGAGGGCACCUGGCAGCAACGACUUCCUGAGCUGGGCCGGUUCGAUCGCAUCUUCUUCGAUGAUUACGGUCAGCCUGGCAUUUCUGACAAGGAAAUGUUCCAGAACUGCCCGAACGAGCAGUACAAGGACAUCUACGACGAGUCGCAAAGCCAUUUUCACGCGUUUCUCAACCUCGCUUUCCAGUUUCACUCGCGAAACGGUACGCGAGUUUCUGGCUACUUGGUGAGCCCCAUCGAUUUCCAGAGGGAUGACGUCGAUGUCAAGUUCGAGAAGUAUGCUGUGGCGCCUCCAGAUCACUGCGACUACUUCUUCAGCGACAAGGCAGUGGUGCCUGUCUUUUCCAAGAUGUCCGCACCCAGCGACGGUGGCUCGACGCGCAGCCCGAGCCCAGCAGGAGCUUUUGACAUGGAGCCUUCGGAGCGAAAGAUGCCCGGCUUGCUGCACGCAGCUAAAAAAGAUCGCGUGACCCCUGACUCCGACUAUGCUCGAGGCCCCCACAGGCUGGUCAACACCAAGCGUGCAAACGUUGCCCAAACCAGCGCCAACACCAUAUCCUACUCACACAGAGGUCUCAGGCUCGUGCAGCACCUCGUUGCUAUGCAUUUGAAGAGGAGUAGCCCCCGACUCUUGGCAGAGAGGGGCGGCGAAGAGAGUUCCACGCUUCGUCAGGGGCCACUUCUCACCAUUCCCGUUUCAGCGAGCUCCUGUCAAUACCCGGUCGAGCUUGAGAGGCAAGCGUUUGUAAAGCACCGACUGCUGGCAGAACGAGUGUCAGAGUACCUGGUGUUGGCUAGGGAGAGCCAGAGCCCAACAAGACCUCUCAGUCCGACACAGGAUGUCCUGAAGCAGUCUUGUCAGGGUGGAGCCAUCAUUCUCGCCGUCGGCUCCUUCAAGAGGCGUCGUCUCGAUCGCAGCUGCAGCCCAGCGGCAGGUGCCGACCAGAGAGCCUUUGAGGUGGGCAGGGUCACCGCACUUCUCGAAGAGCACAACGCCAUGCGCCCAACGCCGACCACGACGAUGUCUGCCCCGGUGAUUCGCUCCGUUAGCCCGGCGCCUGCACCUGCGCCCGGACGCCUUGAAGACAUCUCACGAAGUGUGGUUAUUCAGAGGCGCCACAUCGGCGGCAACGACACCGCCACGCUCUCCAGCGACGACGUGGCCUCCGAGGUUAGCCUUGUGGCCCAAUGCAAAAGCACCUUGGGAGCCCGCUUUCGCAAGACUCAGACGAAGCGUCGAGGGGCUAAGAUUACAAGCGCAUUCGAGCAUCCGCCUGUUGGCCCUGGUGAUCCCAAGCUUUCGGCUGAGAUGGACCUCCCCCACCGCUUACGAGGCUUACAGAACAGGCUCGGCACUCCGGUGGAGCCGAGGAAGCUUUGGCAGCCUUCUCCUGAGACCAAGCUGUGGACAAGGACCUUCCCUCAGACCUUGGCGAAGCCCUGUGCAAAUGCAGAAGAGGCGCUCCUCGCCGGCAGAGACAGAGCCACCCAGGUCAUCAACGAGAGCGUCGCCCGGGCCCUGCAGCGGCCAAGCCGCUUCUACGGGCUGUCGCUGCUGCGUGGAGCCAUCGAAGGCGAUAUGGUGGCGCUGAUGCGCGAGGAUGCUUUGCACCUGCUGCGACAGGGCCGCUUGACGCCAUCAGGUGACCCGAACGAGCCGCAGCUGACAGAGCAAUACAAGAGAUACCUGGGCAGUCUCCCAGUGCUGACCAUCCUCGAUCCACAGCGAGCUGCUGCGGAAGGCUUGGUUGGCCUGGCCUAUGGAGCAGCUUUCCUGACAGGCGUCUGCGGCCGCUUGAAUGAGCUGGGUUCACAGCCCCUGGAGCCUGGCACGCUGCAGCUUGCUUGUUACGAUGGCGAGGGUGUGGCCUACCAUGUGCACGAGGACUAUGUCCCAAAGAAAGAUUACAACCCGGAAGAUCUGCCAGAGCAUCAUCGCCUGGCCUACAAGCGGCGAGUCACCGCCAUCCUGUAUUUGCAGGAGGAUUGGAGGGAGAACCUGGGCGGCUCAUUCCGAGCCCACGCAGUGCGGCCAGAGAGGGAUGAGCCUCCUCCUGCUGACUAUGUCGAUGUGCUGCCUGAGGGCGGCUCACUCAUCCUCUUUCGGUCGGACAUGCCGCACGAAGUGCUCCCGACUUACGGCCAGCGCUUUGCGCUUUCCAUGUGGUGCCAUGCAGACGGGUGA